GAAAAAUUCCUAUGUGCAAUCCAUUCUUCUCAACUUUCAAUAUUAAUAAGAAGUGAAUUGGGGAUUAAUACUUCUUAAGUAUUGGGCACGUGGAAUUUAUUCUCUACUACCCCUCUUUAUUACAUCGGCAGCUUGGAGAACUUGGGUAUUCCAUUUACAAACUUCUCCCAUCCUUAUCGAUUUCUACAAAACACAACGCUUUUCAAACCUUUUCUAUCUCGCAAUUCAUCUCUAUCAAUCAACCCUCAAAUAUCUUCAAUUUGUUCCUGUUUGCUCCCAAUUUACCCCCAGUUUUCGAUUCUCAAAUUGCCAUAUAACAUUGUCGCAUCAGUUCUGCGGGCAGAUACUCUUAUUCAGCUUACGCUCAUAUUCCGCACCCACUUCCCACUUCUAGUGGUAAUAUUGGACAGCUAGUAGGCUCAACUAUAGCUUUGGAUAAUUACGAGGAUUUUGAAGAGAGAAAUCUCGGUCUCCCAUAUGAGAAUGAUGAUCAUAGUACAUUGAAACCAUGUCAACAAAGACUAGGUUUAUCUGCAACAUAUGUCAAGGAUUGGAAAAAGGCAGAUGCAUUUCGAGAGUUUUGUCAAAAUUGGAAUGAUGCGAUGAGCCAAACUUCUGGAGUGUCUCGCGACAAGCUGGAUUAUGUGCAUACCAAAGUCUCGAAUGGGUUUACAACCACCGUUCACAAUCCAGAUAUAGCCCAGAUACUUGGCUUCUUGUCUUUUGAUAAUAAGAAAGGAAUGCUAGAGCUUUGCAAUCAUAACAGCCAACUAGCCCGCGAGGUUCUUGAUAUGGGCGGUACAAGCAAAGCCGGCAAUGACGAAUUGGCGGGAACUCAUGGUGAAGGGUUCAAGCUCGUUGCGUUGCUCAUGAUAUGAAACAAUUAUCAGACACGAAUCACUGCAUCAAAAUUCUACUGGAACUUUCGCUGGGGGGCCAAAGAAAAGAAAACAUUUUGGUGCUUUCUGAGUGAACUUAAGAAGAAGCCCACCCAGCAAGAAUUGAACCCACAAAACACAGAAUCAUCGCAUUUCGGAAAUUUAAGUCCAUAUAAAGACGUCUCUAUGAAGAUCGGGCAUGUUCGCGGACAUCAAGCGACAAUGAUCACGGAAGCCGAAGUUAUGGAGUGGUUAAAAGUCUGCAUUCAUUUCGAUCGCCCCAAGGAAAUCGUUCGUACAUCAUGUGGCAAUUUGAUCUUGGACUCAAAUUUUAGAGGAAACGUAUAUUUGAAGGGACUCUUUUUGGAGAAAACUUCCAGAACACAUGUCAUCAAGUAUGGAUAUGAUUUUGCCCAGGGUCACAUCGGGCGAGACAGAAAAGGAAUGGAAGAUCACGAGCAAAUGGGAGAUCUUUUGACAAAAGUAUGGGAAGAAGCAGUCAGAAACAACGGCUCUAAAUUGCUUGACAUGAAUAUCGAUAUGCUAUUGGACAAGGAGAAUAAUUGGGGCGAUAAUUCGAAUGUAGUUAACAAAAUGACCCAAUUCAUGGCCGAAGCUAUCUGGUCCAGGCUCCGAAUUAAGGAAGGUAACUUCUACUAUGGCUCACAGAACUCUGCCAAGGACUCUGCAGUAAUCAAGGCAUUGUUGAAAAAAGAGCCCGUUCUUUUGCCAGACAAUUUAUGGAAGGCAUUAAAAAAAAUACAAGCUGCCUCGGACACCAUUAGAAUAUAGAAAAGAUAUAAUGUGCAACUCCCAGAUCGCGCCCAUUCUUCAGACAUCUUAUUGCACAAGUUUAAUGAGAACUGCGAGGGCUGCUUUGGCAUUGCAUCCUCAAACCCAAUCUUUAUUGUUGGUGUUCAAGAAAUCUGAAACUUCUGGGCUUGAUUUAUAUCUAGAUAUCGAUAAUUCGAAGCUUCUUCUGCAUGAAAAAUGAAUGGACUUUGAGAGGAGCCAUGGGGAGAACAGCACAGACUGUAUUCUUUCGUGUAAGUGAAAUUCUGGAGACGCUAAUCCAAUUGAGACAUUUUCUCGCCACCAUAUUAUCAUCGAGAUAUUCAAUCAAGUACUACAAGAGCUAGACAGGAUCAGGGUUGGUAGAUAUUUCAAGGACAAUCGGAGUGUAAACUCCCUAAAAUCACAAGUUAGCGAGUGCCUCAAUAACAUGCCACGGCGAAUUUGAGCCUUUCCAGGUCCCCAGAAAGGAGAGAUAUUUGUAUCCUGGGAAGAUAUCGAAGUUCGAAAAUUAUUCAGACUUCAUAAUAUGAAGCUUGAAUGCUGUGUGACACUACAUCGAGAGAGUACAUGCAGUUAUAAACGGACGGAAUUGUUAGCACAAGAAUUCGGAUUUUCUCAUCAAGAUCCAACCAAAAACUCAGAUAAUGGGAUUAAGCCCGAGACUUGUGGAUGUUUACGAAAAAUUGUGACCUGUAUAUCUGGACAAUGAAGUCACAUUCAGCGAUCUCUCUUUGAUAGAAUCUUAUUUCUCUAUGGUCUCUAGAGCACAUAUACCACUCGCAUUCUUUGGACUUCCUCCUGCAGCUCAGAAGCCAGCUCAAGACUUGUCAGUAACAGUUGUCAACAAAUUUCAAGAGAUCUAUAUGCAAAUCAAACCAAACAUUGAUUGGAAAAAGUCACAGGUAGCUCUAGCUCACGAUAAAAGAGAGUUGAGUAACGCUCUAGUCAAGUUCCAGAAUGCCAAAACUGAGCUUAAUCUCA